UUCGAUGUCUUACCCCACCCUCGACUCUGUCUCUCUCUCUUUCUGCCGACAUCACCGCCUUCUUCGGCGCGUCUGCUGUCUGCUCCCCGUCGGCCAUCGCCGCCGAUAGCCUAGGGGAGCACUGCUUCCUUCUCUCGUCUCGGCCAUCCCUUCGUCGCCGGCGCCACCACAGCGUGCGCUCCCAAAAUAAAACUAGGGUUCUUCCUCUUCUAGGCGAACGUCUCCCAAACCCUUGAUUCGGCCCCCGUUCGCUUUCAAUUUGAUCCUAAAAGGAGUAGGUGGAUCCGUGCCUCUCACCAUGCCUCGAUACUAUUGCGACUAUUGCGACACUUAUCUCACCCACGAUUCCCCAUCAGUCAGAAAACAACAUAAUGCUGGCUACAAACACAAGGCAAAUGUUCGUUCAUAUUAUCAACAAUUUGAGGAGCAACAAACUCAGAGCUUAAUUGAUCAACGGAUUAAAGAGCAUCUUGGGCAGGCUGCAGCAUUCCAAGUGGGUGCAACUUUUAACCAACACCUGAUGUCCGUCCCAGGAAACCCUCAAAGGCCCCGUCUUCCUGUUUUAACCCCGCCUAUCUUGAUUGCUGGAGCAUCUUCUCAGCCGCCUAUGACCUUACCAUUGAUACCAGGAGUUAGGCCUCCUGUUUUGCCCCGCCCGGUUGUUGGUUAUGGUGUUUCCCCUAAUGUUCCAACUGUUCCUCCAACUGCUAUGCCACCUGGUGCAACUUCUAUGCCAAUGCAGAUGAACCACCUUCCUAGGCCACCUACAUUGGCACCUCCAGCUUCAGGGGCUACAAUGACCCCUAACUCAAAUGGUGCUGCCUCUCUGAUCAAUCCUGUUAUGUAUCAAGCUGAUCCAUCAUCAGCUACAACUGCAAGCUUCACACCUCCAGGUGCACUUCCUGCUCCUGCUGCCACAAGGGAUGGUUUUUCAUAUGCUCCAACCUCUGAGACCAACCACUAAUCUCCAUACAUACCUUUCUGCACUAACUUUAUUUCGUGUUCUAUGGCUUGUGUGUUACAAAAGAUUUUUGUUCUGGUAAUUGCUUCACCUCUUCAGUAACUAUCAUUACAUAUAUAUAUAUAUAUAUAUAUAUAUAUAUAUGCAGUCAGAAUCCAAGCGCUUUAGAUUUGGUAGGCUUUGGAGAGGUGGUUUGUCCAAUUUGGUCUACCAUCUAAAUGAAAGUUGAAGGUGGAGAUGCUGUGCCAGUACUCUCACUUAGUAAUAGGUGCUUUUGCCCUGUGACUUGAGUCUAAAAGAUUAAUGAAAAAACCUUCUUUUAUUAGUUCUACUGCAAAAGGUUCUCCAUGGACAAAUUGCUGUAAUGAAUAUUAGAUUCAGAAAUUUCGUUCCACUGCA